CUGAACUGAUGUCACAGCAUCAUGCAGCAGGUCAAACAAGGCACCUCCUAGUAUUGCAUCCUACAGAUUGGGCUGUAAACAUCAAAAGAGGAUGGUGUGAGCAGGAGAUGAUUUGGAAAGAAUUAUGGUCUAGAGCUCCCAAUGUUAGCCAUGGAAGUUGCACUUUCCCCCAUCAGGCCCCAGGACCUGGAUUCUGUAGCUGCUGAUGCAUCCCCCAUGGUCAUCAACAUGACUCCCACCACCGAGCGAGAUGACGGAGAGGAUGAGCUGAAAGACCUUGAUCCCGGGCAGCAGUAUGAAAAGCCUCCCCCUCUCCACACAGGAGCUGACUGGAAGAUUGUUCUCCACUUGCCUGAGAUUGAAACGUGGCUCCGGAUGACAUCCGAAAGGGUCAGGGAUCUGACUUACUCAGUGCAGCAAGACUCGGACAGCAAGCAUGUCGAUGUGCAUUUGGUGCAGCUGAAAGAUAUAUGUGAAGAUAUCUCUGAUCACGUUGAACAAAUCCAUGCGCUUCUGGAGACUGAAUUUUCCCUGAAGCUUCUGUCUUACUCUGUCAAUGUGAUCGUUGACAUCCAUACAGUACAGCUUCUUUGGCACCAGCUUCGAGUUUCUGUCCUGGUUCUGAGAGAGAGAAUUCUACAGGGACUGCAGGAUGCCAAUGGGAAUUACACCCGGCAGACUGAUAUUCUACAAGCUUUUUCAGAGGAAACAAAGGAGGACCGGCUUGACUCUUUAACAGAAGUGGAUGACUCAGGACAGCUAACUAUCAAAUGCUCUCAAAAUUAUUUGUCGCUAGAUUGUGGAAUUACUGCAUUUGAACUGUCUGACUACAGCCCUAGUGAGGACUUGCUCGGUGCUCUUGGUGACAUGACCUCCAGUCAGGGUAAAGUGAAACCAUUUGAGUCUUGGAGCUGCAGUGAAAUGGAAAAAGACUUUCCAGAGCUUAUCAGAAGUGUGGGAUUACUGGCUGUAGCAACAGAUUCAAUUGCUUCCAAAUGUAAUGAAAGCGUUAAUGCAAAAGAAAUCCAUUUACCCUUCUCGACAGACCUACAGGAGGAAGGCCAAAGUUUCAAAGCAUCAUCUGCUGUAUCCGCUGAAUUUUCACUCGUGCAGAUUUCUGGGAAUCCACCUCUUUGUAAAGCAUCUUGCACUGAGGAUUCUGCUGUACCAGUUGACAGCAAUGCUGGCUUUGAAUUAGUCAAACAGGAGCUCAGUCCAUUGCCCUCCAAUGGGGCAAAAGGCAAACAACAUCCUCAUGGUGAAAACUCAACUCCCAAGAGAUCGAUAAGAGACUGUUUUGAUUAUAACGAGGAUUCUCCCACCCAAGCUACCCUGCCCAAAAGAGGUUUGUUUCUAAAAGAAGAUAUAUUUAAAACAGACAUGGUAGUCAAUGAUAUAAAAAACCAGAUCUCUUUGAUGUUUAAGACAGAAAUAAGUAGGAGCACACCCUCAUUGUUAGAUCCACCAGACCGGUCCAAGCUUUGUCUGGCUUUACAAACAGCGUACAGCAACUGUCCCUCUGCCAUCAGUCAGUCAUGUGAUUGUUUGCACAACAUAAGUGAUCAGAAUCUCAAGUUCACCAUACAGAAUCACUUUAAGGAAAGUUCCAUGGGACUAGGUAAGUCCAGCGACAACAUUAGAAGGGAGAAACUGAGGUGCAAGAAGUCCCAUGACAUUCCCGAGGAGGUGGCAUCAUGCAGGUUAUCUGGAAUUGUAUCUAAUGCUACAUCGACGAACCAGGUGAAUAAAAGAGGGAUCACCGCGUUGCAAAAUGGAAUCCCUUUUGGUAGCUUGCAGUCCGUAGAAGGGAUGGAAAGUGAUUCAACCUCCACAUCUUCUGAUCCUUGUAAACAGCAAGAACCGAAUGGCCAAUAUUGCAGUGAACGAGAUCAUUCUGCUUCACCUGCUCAUAGCCAAGUGAGUGGCUCCUCAGCUGGCAUAGGGUCUGCUGUGUCCUCAUCCCCAGUUCUUCCAAGAAGUAAGGGCAAAAAAGUCCACUCAUCUUCUCCAAGUUACGUCAAUACAGACAGUAAAGUCGUUGAGGCCUGGUAUGGUUCUGAUGAAUACUUAGCACUCCCAUCACACCUCAAACAGACUGAAGUAUUAGCUUUAAAAUUAGAAAACUUGACCAAACUCCUUCCUCAGAAACCUCAAGGAGAGGCCAUUCAAAACAUCGAUGACUGGGAACUAUCAGAAAUGAACUCAGAUUCUGAGCUCUACCCUACAUAUCAGAUCAAAAAGAAGCACAAAAGGUUAGGUAGAGUUUCACCAAGCUCUUCAAGUGACAUAAUAUCCUCGACAGGUGACAGCAUUGAAUCUGGACCGCUUAGUGACAUUCUUUCAGAUGAAGAGCUUUGUACAUCCUCAUUUAGCAUUAAAAAAUACCUAGAUGACAGGCCACGGAAACCAUCAGUGACUCAGUCUGAUAAAAAUGAAAUACCAACCACAAAUAAAUCAGCUUUAAUUCAGCAGCUGAUGCAAGAUAUACAGCACCAGGAUAAUUAUGAAAUUAUAUGGGAAAAGAUGGAGGGUUUUGUCAGCAAACUGGAUGAAUUCAUUCACUGGUUAAAUGAAGCCAUGGAAACAACAGAGAACUGGACCCCACCUAAGGCAGAAACAGACAGCCUUAAACUCUACCUAGAAACACACUUGAGUUUUAAGCUGAAUGUAGAUAGCCACUGUGCUUUAAAGGAAGCUGUCGUAGAAGAAGGACGCCAACUUCUUGAUCUUAUAGUAUCUCACAAAUCAGGACUGAAGGACAUGCUGCAGAUGAUUGCAAGUCAAUGGAAGGAACUACAGAGGCAAAUCAAACGACAACACAGCUGGAUUCUUAGGGCUCUGAGUAUCAUCAAAGCAGAGAUACUGGCUACUGAUGUGUCUGCAGAGGAUGAGGAAGGGACUGAGAGCCCCAAGGCUGAGGUUCAGCUAUGCUGUCUGGAAGCACAAAGAGAUGCUGUUGAACAGAUGUCCUUAAAGCUGUACAGUGAGCAAUACAACAGCAGUAGCAAGCGAAAGGAAGAAUUUGCGGAUAUGUCAAAAGUUCACACAGUGGGAAGUAAUGGCCUUUUGGACUUUGAUUCGGAAUACCAGGAGCUCUGGGAUUGGCUGAUUGACAUGGAAUCCAUAGUGAUAGACAGCCAUGACCUGAUGAUGUCAGAGGAGCAGCAGCUGCAUCUUUACAAGAGGUACAGUGUGGAAAUGUCAAUCAGACACCCCAAAAAGAUGGAAUUGCUGAGUAAAGUUGAAGCUUUGAAGAGAAGUGGUGUUUUACUACCCAACGAUCUCCUUGAAAAAGUGGAUUCAAUUAAUGAAAAAUGGGAACUGCUUGGGAAAACCCUAGGAGAGAAGAUCCAAGACACAAUGGUAGGACACAGUGGGUUAGGUCCACGUGACCUGCUUUCGCCUGAAAGCGGCAGCCUAGUAAGGCAGCUGGAGGUCAGGAUCAAAGAGCUGAAAGGGUGGCUGAGAGAUACCGAGCUUUUUAUCUUCAAUUCCUGUCUGAGGCAAGAAAGUGAAGGAACAAUGAAUGCUGAGAAACAACUGCAAUACUUUAAGUCCCUCUGCUGUGAAAUUAAACAGAGACGACGAGGUGUAGGCUCAGUGUUACGUUUGUGCCAGCACCUCCUUGACGAUCAAGAUACCUGUAAUCUGAAUGCAGAUCACCAGUCAAUGCAGCUGAUCAUUGUAAAUCUUGAAAGAAGGUGGGAAGCAAUCGUCAUGCAAGCCGUCCAGUGGCAAACUAGGUUGCAGAAAAAGUUGGCCAAACAUACAGAAUCCUUGAAUGUUAUUGAUCCUGGCUUAAUGGAGCUAAAUGGCACAAGUGAAGAUGCACUAGAAUGGGAUGAAAUGGAUAUAAGUAAUAAGUUAAUUAGCAUUAACGAGGAAUUCAAUGAGCUUGAUCAAGAACCGAAGCAUGGUGACACAAAGCUGAACUCUCCAUCUGAAGCAUGUGCUAAUAUCAGCCCAAAACAAGAAAGAAAUCCUAGUGCUCAUGGAAAUUGUCUCAGCAACCCAAGAGUUACAACGUCUCAAGGCCCUCAAAUCUACCAAGUGUACAGCCUCCACAAUGUGGAGUUCUCCGGAGAAAAUAAUGUAUCUCUCAUGAAAACGACAUCCAAAUCUCCCAGUCUCACCGGCCCAAACGUUUUAAACAAACACGUGAAUAAAGACUUUUCAUUGCCGCCUGCCAAACAUUUGCCAGACCUAGUGGGUAGCACCACGUUGGCAAGACCACAGAAUUAUAUGUAUCACAGUGGAAAUGUAAACAGGCAUUCUGAGUGUCAGAAUAAAAUAGCCAAUGGAAAUGAGGCAGAAGCUAUCACUAAUUCCGAAAUCCAUUUGCUAAGUGAUACUGAUGGGCUUGAGGAUAAUUCUGUAAUUAACAUUUCAGAUUCCCAGUUAGGAGAUAUAGUUGAUGUGAUAAAACAAAAUUUUAAACAAGAGAGUGAGGACAGUCAUGUUAACUUCUUAAAUACUUCUCAGUCAACAUUUAACAAUAAAGCUAAAGACCCAGACACUAUUACCCAACACGGGGCUGAGAGUUCAGAAGAAGAGUUACAACAAGGAAAACAAAAUGCCUUUACAUUUUAUGAUUAUUCAUAUCUUCAGGGUUCAAAAUUCAAGCUACCAAUGAUAAUGAAACAAUCAAACUCAGGAAAAGCACACAAGCAGGGUAGUUUGCUUCAUGGCUUUUAUUUUGAUAAAGUUCCCUUAUCUGAACACCAGACUGUAGAGCUAAAAGCACAUGUGUCUAAAGAUGAGCUUGCUUUAUCCACUGUCCUGGAUGAUGCAGAUCCCAAAUGCUAUGAAUUUGCGGAGGAUUUGAAGAAACUAAGUGACACAACAAAUACAAAACUGUUUUCAACUUUAUCUCAUAGCUCUUCUUUAGACUCCCUUUCUGUAACAAGUGACUUGUUUGGCCCAACUGUUUUUAGAAGUGGAGAAGGCCUUCAACGUAGUGCUUCCUUGGAGAGUUGGUUAACUCCCUACAAAAGCAAUGAAGAUCUUUUUAGUUGUAAUGAUUCUGGAGACUUAAGCGGAAGUAGUGAUUCUGUUGGAGAACUUAGUAAAAGGACGUUAGAUCUUUUGAAUCGUUUAGAAAAUAUCCAGAGUCCUUUAGAUCAAAAAAUAAAGCGUAGCAUCUCUGAUAUCACACUCCAAAACACUUCUCAAAGAAUGUCCUUGACUGGCCAGUUGUCACUGGAUAUUGCAUCCUCUAUCAAUGAAGAUUCACCUGCCUCGCUCACUGAGCUCAGCAGCAGUGAUGACCUGUCUCUGUGCUCGGAAGAUAUUGUAUUGCACAGAAAUAAAGUACCAGAUUCAAAUGCAUCAUUCAGAAAACACCUCAAUCGGUCGGUAGCUGAUGAGAGCGAUGUCAACGUUAGCAUGAUUGUUAAUGUUUCCUGUACCUCCGCUUGCACUGAUGAUGAAGACGAUAGUGAUUUGCUAUCAAGUUCUACCCUCACCCUGACUGAGGAAGAGCUGGGCAUUAAGGAUGAAGAUGAUGAUUCCAGUAUUGCAACUGAUGAGGAUAUUUAUGAAGACUGCAAUUUAAUUUCAGGACUUGACUACAUAAAGAAUGAACUCCACACUUGGAUCAGACCAAAAUUUUAUCUGUCAAAGGAGAAGAGAAAGUGCAAACUGGAUGAUGAAAUCCAGGGCUGUGAUGAGACUUUGAAAACAAAAGAGUCUUUGAAUAUUGAGAAAUUUUUGAAUGAUUCUAUACGUAAGCUUGCAGAAAAUAAUGGCAACAGUAAGAACAUAUCAGAUAGCCAUGAGCCAGGGACAAAAAGACAAACUAAAAAUGAUGGCUUCCAGGUUUCCAAAGAUUACUUAGUGGAUGACAUGGAGAAUGGAAAUGUUGCAAUUACUCAAGAAAGUCCAAAGGAAGAAUGUAUUCAGAUUUCAACUGCUGCCAUGAAUAAUAGCACACUUGAUGGUAAAGGAAGUGGAAAUGAAUGUUGUAUCUGUGAAGCAUUUACUGAUAGUUCAGAUGAUUCACAUAUGGAUGGUAAGGAGUCUGCUCCACUGUCAAGUAUAUCCAGCUCUCAAAAAGAGUAUAAAAAACACCUGGAAUUUGAUGGCCGUUGUAUUAAAAAACCUUUUACAGAACUUGACUCAGAUAUAAAAGGUACAAAUACACCAGAUACUGCAUUACUAAAAUCACUUCUGAAUGGUCAACAAAGCAGAACCGGAAUUAGUGAAUAUGGUAGUGAUUGCUGUGCAUCUCUAAAAUCAAAUAAAGCAGAAAAAAAUACAUCAGCCAGUAGUAGUGAUUCAUGCUGUAACUGUGAAGCUGCUGCUUUUGAAAAAAGAAAUGGGGAAGAUUGCUCAGUACAUAAUUUUGUGAUGGAGAUCAUUGAUAUGGCCUCAACAGCCUUGAAGAAGAAGUCACAGCCUGAAAGUGAGCCACCCGUUCCUCAUUCAUUAGCACAAAUCAGGGAAAAAGUUCUAGAACAUUCUCACAGGCCAAUUCAACUUAGAAAGGGGGAUUUUUAUUCCUACCUCUCACUCUCUUCCCAUGAUAGUGACUGUGGAGAAGUCACUAAAUAUGUUGAAGAAAAGAGCAGUACUCCAGUACCACUAGACUUUGCAGAAAACAUUGAAUGCUUUUUUGAAGCCUGUCCUGAAGAGGAACGAGUUGAACGUGUUGCUAACGAUGAAGCUGAAGUACCUCUGGUAAAAUAUGAAGGUCUGGAUUUAAUAGAUGAACCUAAAACAUCUGCUAACUGUAGUGGCUUUUCAUUCUUAAGUGUGGAGAUGGACAUAAAUAUGCCUGGCUCUCUCAGCCAGAUGGUAUCAGAUAAUUUAAAAAUUUCUGGUAGGGAAUCUUUGGAUUUGGACACCCCUAAUGAAUGUCCCAUUUUAGAUUCUCUCUCAAAUGACUCUAAAGAAAAUCUUCUAGGGCAGCCACUUGGGAUUGCAAAGUCUGAAGAAGAUUUUGCCUCUUCUCUAAAGGCCUCAGUUGAAGCCAUUCAGUUAAAGCCUGAUCACUUGAAAGACAAGGAUGCUUUGCACCAGGACACUAAAACUCUUACAUGUGAAGAAAACCUCCUGCAUCUUCACAAAGAAAGGCACAUAAAUACACAGAGGUAGAUGUAGCCCUCCCUGGAUGCACACACACGUUAUUUCAUAAACAGAAACUUGGCUGCAUUUCAGGUGCAGGUUUAUCCUCCAAACCCUGGGAUGACCUCUAAUUCCAUUGUAUCACUGCCUUUUGUUACACUUGACUCCUAAGAUAAAUUUUCUUUCCAAAUGUGAUUUGUCCAUGUUGGCUUUGUGACCAGGAUGCAUAUGCUGGUCCUAUUUCAAUUGUCAUUUUGCUUUGUAGCAAAACUAUUUGCUUUCAUAUGGAUUUCUCUCCCAAGCUACCUCUUAACAACCUGCCCUUCCAAAUUGGUAUGCCUCUGUAUAAUUUCUCACCCACUACUUUUUUUUUAAAAUGAUUUUGCAAUGCCACAGAAUAUAUGAUUAUUUUGGAUCAACAUUUCAGAACUGUAAAUGUCAUUAUUCUCUUAUUUUGUGUAUCAAAUUUGGUAUUUUAUGUGUAUAAUGCAUAUUGUUUAUUGGAAGUAUUUUAUGUUUCAAAUGGACAUUUUAUUUGAUUGCAGCAAAAGGAAAAGAACUACUCCUGAUUCAACAUAACUGAAGUUACACAAAAUAAAUACAAAUUUAUCCUUUUAUUUUAAAAGAAUUAAUCUAUGCAACACUUCAAGAAACAGCUACAUAGUGUUGUAUAUUAAGAACUGUUAACAUUCUACUGAAUUAAGUACAACAUUUUGGUUUUCUACUAUGCUUCUUGAGGUGGUAAUCAGAAAAAUAUCCCACAUUUUUAAAAAUUGUGCCUUGCUGUAUUUCUUAUACCAUUUAUUAAAAAGCUGCUUUCACAGUAAAAUUAUGUUGGUUUGAAGGAAGGAAAUAGCAAGGUGUGAAUAAUUUCUGUAUAUAUGUAUAACCAAGUGCAAACAUUGAUGUAUAAUGACAGUAUAAAAUGCUUUAAUGUUUGUGAUGCCCAGUGGUGUGGAAAACAUAAGCCUUAAAACCACUAGAUUGCAUGAUAAUUAGAACUGGCAUAAUAAAUGUAGUUUACUGGGGAAAAAUUCAAAACUGGCUCUCAUUUACCUGCAUCUUGUUUGUCAGUAAGUAUUUACGUACUUAUAAUGUCCUAACUGGCUCUGAGUAGGUCUGUAUGGAUAUACAGGAAUAACUAUGUCUAUAUACAAUGCAGACACUGAAGAUUUGCCAAAAAAUCCUACUUUUACAUUUCAAAAAUACUGUUUUUAAAAUAUCCAUGUGA